AUGACAGAAUAUUUAUUGACACUUUCAUCAGAUUUUACAACCCUUUUAGAAAAAUCAGAUGAUUUUAACUCAGAAGAAUUUUUGGACGUGAAUGAGAAUGUAAUAUUACAACUCCUUAAAAGGGAUGAUCUCGGAGUCGAAGAAAUCGAUAUAUGGGAUUUUUUGAUAAAGUGGGGAAUAAAAAAUGCCGAUAUCCCGUACGAAAAUGAUAUAGAGAAUUGGUCAUCAGAAGAUUUUUCGGCCUUAGAAAAAACUCUGUGUAAUUUAAUUCCAUUUUUAAGAUUAUUUCAUAUAUCAUCAAAAGAUUUUUAUCAUAAAGUAUGGCCAUUUGAACAAAUUUUACCAAAAAAAUUACGAGACGAUCUUUUAUCAUUUUAUCUAACAGGCGAAGAGCCAAAUGUAGUGAUACAGGCUCCAAGAAUUUCACCAAGUAAUAUAGAUUCCGAAAUAAUUUUACCAAAACAUGCUAUAUUAAUUUCAAAUUAUAUUGUUAAAAAAAACAUUCACUCAUCAACAUUUGCAUUACCAUUAACUCCAACAUCAUCUCCAUUUAAAAACGAAGGAGAUAUUACGAAAACUACUCUGGCGCAAUUGCAGCAACAACCACAAUCAUCAGAGAUAAUUUCAAAGAUUAGUCGAGUGAGACCUUAUUUCAUUGAUGGAGCCAUUUUUGAUACUCAAUUCAAUGGUCCAUGUUUUGGUUAUGGUGACAUUUGGUUCGGCAAUAAAGCUAAACCGAGAUAUGGUUCUUGUACCAGAGUUUAUUAUGAACAUGAAAUCAGAGAUGAAGAAGGUGAAUUCUUUGUCGAGGAUAUAGAGGGUUUUCAAGUUAUAGAAAAGUAA